CGCUUCUCCGGUGGUCGUCGCUUCGGGUCAAGUGCGCAGCGGAAAACAGGUGCGGGAACAAGGAUAACGCACCUUCGUGGUUAAUUAUAGGGAUUAUUGAUUGGCAACAUGGCCUGCCGCACAUCGUUCCUGAAAGCCGUUCUUAUCGUUCUCAAUGUGCUGCUAUCGCUGAUUGGAGUGACGUUGAUUGCUCUGUCCGUGUACGAGCUGAACAGCUCCACGCCGGGCACGUUCGAGCACAUCGCCAUCGUUGUCCAGAUCUUCGUGGGCACCUUCGUGGUCCUGACCUCGUUCCUGGGCUGCUUCGCCACCGCUCGGGUUUCCCUGGGACUGGUUUGGAGCUAUGUGAUCUGCCUGCUGAUCCUGCUGUGCCUGCAGAUCUACAUUAUCGCGGCAGCCCACUCCACGGACUACGUGGAGCGAUCCAAGAAGGACUUCCUGGCCACCUGGGCUGAUCAAAGGGCCAAUGUGGAACGCAUAUCGCUCCUCGAGCAAAAGUACUCCUGCUGCGGUGAGUUGGGCGCCCAUGACUACAUCCUGAUGGGCCGGGGUAUACCCUUGAGCUGCUACAAGGAUCAGGAGCGGCGCGAGAACACCCUCUUCUCCGGGGGCUGCCUGCAGGCCGUGCAGGCGCAUGCCACGGACAACGUGGCCAUCGGACUCAUCAUCAAGUGGCUGCUGCUUCUGGUGGAGUUCGCCGCCCUGGGAGCCGCAACCCACUUGGGCAUCACGGUGCGCAAUAAAUUGCGGCGCGAAAGAUUCUAACAGGUCGCUUGGAAUCACCGAAAUCGGGUGUUGGCAACGCAUAAUCCGAUAUCUAUGGAUUUUUAUAGCAGUUUAAGAUGAUCUGGAGGCAACAGAA